CAUAUGAGAAUCCACACAGGAGAGAAACCCUUUAACUGCUCUGACUGUGGGAAAAGCUUCGGUAGGAGCUCAGAUCUUGUUACACAUAUGAGAAUCCACACAGGAGAGAAACCCUUUUAUUGCUCUGAGUGUGGGAAAAGCUUCAGUAGGAGCUCAAAUCUUUUUCGACAUCAGAGAACCCACAAUGGAGAGCUAUGUUUCAAUCCCUUUAACAGUGGGGAAAGCGUCAGUGAGAGCUCAGACCUUGUUAGACAUCAGAGAAUCCACACAAGGGAGAAACCUUUUUACUGCUCAGACUGUGGGAAAAGCUUCAGUCAGCGCUCAAAUCUUGUUACACACAAGAGAAUCCACACAGGUGAGAAACCCUUCAGCUGCUCUGACUGUGGGAAAAGCUUCAAUCAGCACUCAAGUCUCAUUAGACAUAAGAGAAACCACACAAGGGAAAAACUUUUCAAUUGCUCUGACUGUGGGAAAAGCUUCAGUGAGAGUUCACAACUUGUUAGACAUAGGACAGUCCACACUGGGGAGAAACGCUUCAUCUGCUCUGACUGUGGGAAAAGCUUCGGUAGGAGCUCAGAUCUUGUUACACAUAUGAGAAUCCACACAGGGGAGAAACCCUUCAGCUGCUCUGACUGUGGGAAAAGCUUUCAUGGGCGCUCACAUCUUGUUAAGCAUAGGAGAAUCCACACAGGAGAGAGACCCUUUUCCUGCUCUGAAUGUGGGAAAAGCUUCAGUAGGAGCUCAAAUCUUUUUAGACAUCAGAGAACCCACAAUGGAGAGCCAUGUUUCAUCUCCUCUGACAGUGGGAAAAGCUGCAGUGAGAGCUCAGACCUUGUUAGACGUUGGAGAAUCCACACAGGGGCGAAACCCUUUUACUGCUCAGACUGUGGGAAAAGCUUCAGUCAGCGCUCAAAUCUUGUUACGCAUAGGAGAAUACACACAGGGGAGAAACCCUUCAGCUGCUCUGACUGUGGAAAAAGCUUCAAUCAGCAGUCAAGUCUCAUUAGACAUAAGAGAAAUCACCCAAGAGAAAAACCUUUCAGUUGCUCUGACUGUGGGAAGAGCUUCAGUGAGAGUUUACAACUUGUUAGACAUAGGAUAAUCCACACUGGGGAGAAACCCUUUAGCUGCUCUGACUGUGGGAAAAGCUUCAGUAGUACUUCACAUCUUGUUACACAUAUGAGAAUCCACACAGGAGAGAAACCCUUCAGCUGCUCUGACUGUGGGAAAAGCUUUCAUGGGCGCUCACACCUUGUUAAACAUAGGAGAAUCCACACAGGGGAGAAACCUUUUUGCUGUUCUGACUGUGGGAAAAGCUUCAGUUGGAGCUCACAUCUUAUUAAUCAUAAGAGAAUCCACACAGGAGAGAAACCCUUUAACUGCUCUGACUGUGGGAAAAGCUUCAGUAGGAGCUCAAGUCUUGUUACACAUAGGAGAACCCACACAGGGGAGAAACCCUUUGAUUUCUCUGUGUGUGGGAAAACCUCGAGUCAAUGCUCAAAUCUUAACAAUCAUCAUGCAAUACACACAGGAGAAUCCUAAACCUCCCUUGCUGCAAUUUAAGCCUCUUUCUCCUUCUCCUAUCAUCAGAGGCCAAGGAGAACAAUUUUUUCCCCUUCUCCUUGUAACAUCCUUCUAGGUACCUGAAAGUUGCUAUCACGUCCUCUCCCAGUCUUCUCUUUUCCAAAAUAAACAAACCCAUUUCUUUCAGUAUUCCCUCGUAGGUCCUAUUUUCUAGACCUUUAAUCAUUUUUGUUGCUCUUCUCUGGAGCCUCACUAAUUUGUCCACAUUUUCUUGAAAUCUGGUUCCCAGAACUGGAUACGUAGUCCAACUGAAACCUAAUCAGAGUAGAAUAGAAGAAUUACUUCUCAUGUCUUGCUCACAACGUUCCUGUUAAUGCAACCCUAUAACUUCUCAUUCUGCAGGAAAAAGUUCAUUCAGCACUCAGAACUUGUUAGGCAUAGGAGACUCCAUACAGGCAAGAAACCACAUAACCUAAGUUCCCUGUAAGCUGUGUGGUCAUACAGCCUUACUGCAGCCUAAUAAAUGCCUAGCAAGCAUUUUAGGCCUAUGGUAGGGAUUGAUGCCUCUGCUACUCAUGGGUCUCAACCCCUGCCCAGACCUGCGAUGACCGGCAGACAGUUGGCUAUUCCACAGCCCCAGAGCUGCUAUGGCAAGGAGAGGUGCCUCCUCCCUUGGUCCCACACUAGCAUAUGAGCUGAGGGAGAGAAAGCUGGUGGAAGUCUUUUCUCCCCAAAUGUAGCCCUUUGGUGGCCUGCCCCUCAAACCUCUCCAUCCUUGGCCCACCCUACAUAUCAUUCCUCCACAGCUCAAACCUGUCUCAGCCCUGAGCCCCUCAUCCCCGACUUCACCCCAGAGCCAGCCCUCCCUGCUCUCCAGCUCUUUGCCCCAGCUCUGAGCCUUCUUCGCAAAAUCCAAGCCCCUGAGUGCCACUCCUACCACAUGUAUUUUGUUCUGUGCACCAAUAUGGGGAUGUGUCACACUUCUCCCCAUAUUGGGGCCCCUAACAAAACUUGUUCACAUUUGUGAGAAAAAUAGGUGGAGCACAGUGUAUAAUUGCUGUGAUUGAGAGAAGCUUCUGUGGGAGAUCAGACCUUGCUAGACAGGAGAAUCCACACAAGAGAGGAACCCUUCAGCUGCUCUGAUGGUGGGAAAAACUUGGUAGGCGCUCAAGUCUUCUUAGUCAUGAGAGAACCCACACAAGGGAGAUACCCUUUAGUUGCUCUGACUGUGGAAAAAGUUGUAGGAAGAGCUCAGAUCCUAUUGCACAUCAGACAGUUCAUAUAUGAUAGAAUCCCUAUAACUGCUCAGAUUGUGGGCAAAGGUUCUAUCUGAGCUGAUACCUCAUUGAACAUCUGUCACCAGUGAAAGGUGACAGCUGUAGUUCAAGCUGGAAAGCUUUAAUAAGUGUUCACAUGUUCUAUCACAUUGGAGAACCCAAAGAUGAGAUGAAAAAAAACCUGACAGGCAUUUGAGUGAGUACCAGAAGGGGUGCCCAGGCAGUACCACUACUGGGGACAAUCCAAGGGCCUACCGCACAGUGAGGAGCCCUUUCCGCCCCAAGGGAAGCCACAGAGCCCCUCUCAUCACACAACCCCAUUAUCUAGCAAUCCACCUUGCUCCACUGACAAGCCAGCUGGGUGAUGUUUUGCAUGUAAUGAGCUGGGGCACAUGAAAGCCGACUGCCCCAGGAGCACCAGCAGAGUGCAAUUCAUUACACUUUUGGUCAAACCAAGUGUCCUCAGGCCCAGAUGCUUCUCAGAUACCCCCAGAGAAAAGGGAAACUGAAUAUGGGUGGGAAGAAGGUUAUUGCCUGGAAAGAGACUGGAGCACAGGUGUCUGCGAUCUAUCAGUCCCUAGUGGACCUUGAACUCUAACUCCGAGACUCAAGUAACUGUUCAACCCUUCAAGGCAGAUUCCUUUGUCCUAUCCACAGCCAAGUUGUCUCCUAUGUACAAGGGCUGGUCAGGAAUUUGGACUUUUGCAAUCUAAAAUUAUUAUCCCUUUCCUGUACUGAUGGGAGAGGACUGAGACAAGCUGAGAAGGUGGGAAUGGUCACCUGCAGCAGGGCUAAGUAUGCCUCCACACGUAGCCCCAUUCUUGAGCCAUCUACAGGGACCCAGUUUGUAUCCUCAGACAUCCCAAGGCUGGAGACCCAGACAAAAAUGGCAGAACCAGAUCCCAGACGAGCAUCUACAGUAGCAGCAGUGGAUCCAUUGAGAGACCUGAACAAAAAAAAAA